AUGACCACGUCCACGUCCUCCACGUCCAUGUCCACGUCCACGUCCACGUCCACGUCCACCGUGGACGUGGACGUGGACUUGGACGUGGACGUGGACGUGGACAUGGACGUGGACGUGGACGUGGACGUGGACAUGGACGUGGACAUGGACGUGGACGUAGACGUGGACGUGGACAUGGACGUGGACAUGGACGUGGACAUGGACGUGGACGUGGACGUGGACGUGGACUUGGACGUGGACGUGGACGUGGACGUGGACGUGGAGGUGGACGUGGACAUGGACGUGGACGUGGACGUGGACGUGGACGUGGACGUGGACGUGGACAUGGACGUGGACAUGGACGUGGACUUGGACGUGGACGUGGACAUGGACGUGGACGUGGACAUGGACAUAGACGUGGACGUGGACGUGGACAUGGACGUGGACGUGGACGUGGACGUGGACGUGGACAUGGACGUGGACGUGGACGUGGACAUGGACGUGGAUGUGGACAUGGACGUGGAAGUCGAGAUGGACGUGGACGUGGACAUGGACAUGGACGUAGAAAUGGACGUGGACGUGGACGUAGACAUGGACGUGGACGUAGACGUGGACGUGGACGUGGACGUGGACGUGGACGUGGACAUGGACGUGGACAUGGACGUGGACGUGGACGUGGACGUAGAAAUGGACGUGGACGUGGACGUGGACGUGGACAUGGACGUGGACAUGGACGUGGACGUGGACGUGGACGUAGAAAUGGACGUGGACGUAGAAAUGGACGUGGAUGUGGACGUAGACGUGGACGUGGACGUGGACGUAGAAAUGGACGUGGACAUGGACGUGGACGUGGACAUGGACAUGGACGUGGACGUGGACGUGGACAUGGACGUGGACAUGGACAUGGAGGUGGACGUGGACGUGGACGUGGACGUGGACAUGGACGUGGACGUGGACGUGGACGUAGAAAUGGACGUGGACGUGGACGUGGACGUGGACAUGGACGUGGACGUGGACAUGGACGUGGACGUAGAAAUGGACGUGGACGUGGACGUGGACAUGGACGUGGACGUAGACGUGGAGGUGGACGUGGACGUAGACGUGGACGUGGACGUGGACGUGGACGUGGACAUGGACGUGGACGUGGACGUGGACAUGGACGUGGACGUGGACGUGGACGUAGAAAUGGACGUGGACGUGGACGUGGACGUGGACAUGGACGUGGACAUGGACGUGGACGUGGACGUGGACGUAGAAAUGGACGUGGACGUGGACGUGGACAUGGACGUGGACGUAGACGUGGACGUGGACGUAGAAAUGGACGUGGACGUGGACGUGGACGUGGACAUGGACAUGGACGUGGACGUGGACGUGGACAUGGACAUGGACAUGGACGUGGAGGUGGAUGUGGACGUGGACGUGGACGUGGACAUGGACGUGGACGUGGACGUGGACGUGGACGUAGACGUGGACGUGGACAUGGACGUGGACUUGGACCUAAACGUGGACAUGGACGUGGACAUGGACGUCGACGUGGACGUGGACGUGGACGUGGACGUGGACGUGGACAUGGACGUGGACGUGGACGUGGACGUGGACAUGGACGUGGACGUGGACAUGGACGUGGACAUGGACGUGGACAUGGACGUGGACGUGGACAUGGACGUGGACGUGGACAUGGACGUGGACGUGGACGUGGACGUGGACGUGGACGUGGUCUUCGACAUGGACGUGGACAUGGACGUGGACUUGGACGUGGACGUGGACAUGGACGUGGACGUGGACGUAGACGUGGACGUGGACGUGGACAUGGACGUGGACGUGGACGUGGACAUGGACGUGGACGUGGACGUGGACAUGGACGUGGACGUGGACAUGGACGUGGACGUGGACAUGGACGUGGACGUGGACAUGGACGUGGACGUGGACGUGGACGUGGACGUGGACGUGGACGUGGACGUGGACGUGGACGUGGACAUGGACGUGGACGUGGACGUGGACGUGGACGUGGACAUGGACGUGGACGUGGACCUGGACGUGGACGUGGACGUGGACGUGGACGUGGACGUGGACGUGGACGUAGACAUGGACGUGGACGUGGACGUGGACGUGGACCUGGACGUGGACGUGGACGUAGAGGUGGACAUGGACGUGGACGUGGACGUGGACGUGGACGUGGACAUGGACGUGGACGUGGACGUGGACAUGGACGUGGAGGUGGACGUGGACGUGGACGUGGACAUGGACGUGGACGUGGACGUGGACGUGGACGUAGAAAUGGACGUGGACGUGGACGUGGACAUGGACGUGGACGUGGACGUAGAAAUGGACGUGGACGUGGACGUGGACGUGGACGUGGACGUGGACAUGGACGUGGACGUGGACGUGGACGUGGACAUGGACGUGGACGUGGACGUGGACGUAGUUAUGGACGUGGACGUGGACGUAGUUAUGGACGUGGAGGUGGACGUGGACGUGGACGUGGACGUGGACAUGGACGUGGACGUGGACAUGGACGUGGACGUGGACGUGGACGUGGACGUAGAAAUGGACGUGGACGUGGACGUGGACAUGGACGUGGACGUAGACGUGGACGUGGACAUGGACGUGGACUUGGACGUGGACGUGGACAUGGACGUGGACAUGGACGUAGACGUGGACGUGGACGUGGACAUGGACGUGGACGUGGACGUGGACAUGGACGUGAACGUGGACAUGGACGUGGACGUGGACGUGGACAUGAACGUGGACAUGGACGUGGACAUGGACGUGGACGUGGACGUGGACGUAGAAAUGGACAUGGACGUGGACGUGGACGUGGACAUGGACGUGGACAUGGACGUGGACGUGGACGUGGACGUAGAAAUGGACGUGGACGUGGACGUGGACAUGGACGUGGACGUAGACGUGGACGUGGACGUGGACGUAGAAAUGGACGUGGACGUGGACGUGGACGUGGACAUGGACAUGGACGUGGACGUGGACGUGGACAUGGACGUGGACAUGGACAUGGAGGUGGACGUGGACGUGGACGUGGACAUGGACGUGGACGUGGACGUGGACGUGGACGUAGACGUGGACGUGGACAUGGACGUGGACUUGGACCUGGACGUGGACAUGGACGUGGACAUGGACGUCGACGUGGACGUGGACGUGGACGUGGACGUGGACGUGGACAUGGACGUGGACGUGGACGUGGACGUGGACAUGGACGUGGACGUGGACAUGGACGUGGACGUGGACGUGGACAUGGACGUGGACGUGGACAUGGACGUGGACGUGGACGUGGACGUGAACGUGGACGUGGACGUGGACAUGGACGUGGACUUGGACGUGGACGUGGACGUGGACGUGGACGUGGACAUGGACGUGGACGUGGACAUGGACGUGGACGUGGACAUGGACGUGGACGUGGACAUGGACGUGGACGUGGACAUGGACGUGGACGUGGACGUGGACGUGGACGUGCACGUGCACGUGGACGUGGACGUGGACGUGGACGUAGACGUGGACGUGGACGUGGACGUGGACGUGGACAUGGACGUGGAGAUGGACGUGGACGUGGACGUGGACAUGGACGUGGACGUAGACCUGGACGUGGACGUGGACGUUGACGUGGACGUGGACGUGGACGUAGACAUGGACGUGGACGUGGACGUGGACGUGGACCUGGACGUGGACGUGGACGUGGACGUGGACAUGGACGUGGACGUGGACGUAGACGUGGACGUGGACGUGGACGUGGACGUAGACGUGGACGUGGACGUGGACGUAAACGUGGACGUGGAAGUGGACGUGGACGUGGACGUGGACGUGGACAUGGACAUGGACGUGGACGUGGACAUGGACGUGGAGGUGGACGUCGACGUGGACGUAGGGGUGUACGUGGACGUGGACAUGGACGUGGACGUGGACAUGGACGUGGACGUGGACGUGGACGUGGACGUGGACGUAGAAAUGGACGUGGACGUGGACAUGGACGUGGACGUAGACGUGGACGUGGACAUGGACGUGGACUUGGACGUGGACAUGGACGUGGACAUGGACGUAGACGUGGACGUGGACAUGGACGUGGACGUGGACGUGGACGUGGACGUGGACAUGGACGUGGACGUGGACGUGGACAUGGACGUGGACAUGGACGUGGACAUGGACGGGACAUGGACGUGGACGUGGACAUGGACGUGGACGUGGACGUGGACGUGGACAUGGACGUGGACAUGGACGUGGACUUGGACGUGGACGUGGACUUGGACGUGGACGAGACGUGGACGUGGACAUGGACACGUGGACGUGGACGUGGACGUGGACGUGGACCUGGACAUGGACGUGGACGUGGACGUGGACGUGGAUAUGGACGUGGACGUGGACCUGGAAAUGGACGUGGACGUGGACGUGGACGUGGAGGUGGACGUGGACAUGGACAAGGACGUAGAAAUGGACGUGGACGUGGACGUGCACAUGGACGUGGACGUGGACGUGGACAUGGACGUGGACGUGGACAUGGACGUGGACGUACAAAUGGACAUGGACGUGGACGUGGACAUGGACGUGGACGUAGACGUGGACGUGGACGUGGACUUAGACGUGGACGUGGACAUGGACGUGGACUUGGACGUGGACGUGGACAUGGACGUGGACAUGGACGUGGACGUGGACAUGGACGUGGACAUGGACGUGGACAUGGACGUGGACGUGGACGUGGACGUGGACAUGGACAUGGACGUGGACAUGGACGUGGACGUGGACGUGGACGUGGACAUGGACGUGGACAUGGACGUGGACGUGGACGUGGACGUGGACGUGGACAUGGACGUGGACGUGGACAUGGACGUGGACAUGGACGUGGACGUGGACAUGGACGUGGACGUGGACAUGGACGUGGACGUGGACAUGGACGUGGACAUGGACGUGGACUUGGACGUGGACGUGGACUUGGACGUGGACGUCGACGUGGACGUGGACGUAGACAUGGACGUGGACGUGGACAUGGACGUGGACGUGGACGUGGACGUGGACGUGGACGUGGACGUAGAAAUGGACGUGGACGUGGACGUGGACAUGGACGUGGACGUAGACGUGGACGUGGACAUGGACGUGGACUUGGACGUGGACGUGGACAGGGACGUGGACAUGGACGUAGACGUGGACGUGGACGUGGACAUGGACGUGGACGUAGACGUGGACGUGGACAUGGACGUGGACGUGGACAUGGACGUGGACGUGGACGUGGACAUGGACGUGGACAUGGACGUGGACAUGGACGUGGACGUGGACAUUGACGUGGACGUGGACAUGGACGUGGACAUGGACGUGGACGUGGACGUGGACGUGGACGUGGACAUGGACGUGGACGUGGACAUGGACGGACGUGGACAUGGACGUGGACUUGGACGUGGACGUGGACUUGGACGUGGACGAGACGUGGACGUGGACGUGGACGUGGACAUGGACGUGGACGUGGACGUGGACCUAGACGUGGACGUGGACGUGGACGUGGACGUGGACGUGGACCUGGACAUGGACGUGGACGUGGACGUGGACAUGGACGUGGACAUGGACGUGGACGUGGACGUGGACAUGGACGUGGGCUUGGACCUGGACAUGGACAUGGACGUGGACAUGGACGUGGACAUGGACGUGGACUUGGACCUGGACGUGGACAUGGACGUGGACAUGGACGUCGACGUGGACGUGGACGUGGACGUGGACGUGGACGUGGACGUAGACGUAGAUGUGGACGUGGACGUAGACGUGGACGUGGACGUGGACGUGGACGUGGACAUGGACGUGGACGUGGACGUGGACAUGGACGUGGAGGUGGACGUCGACGUGGACGUGGACGUGGACAUGGACGUGGACGUGGACAUGGACGUGGACGUGGACGUGGACGUGGACGUGGACGUGGACGUAGAAAUGGACGUGGACGUGGACGUGGACAUGGACGUGGACGUAGACGUGGACGUGGACAUGGACGUGGACUUGGACGUGGACGUGGACAUGGACGUGGACAUGGACGUAGACGUGGACGUGGACGUGGACAUGGACGUGGACGUAGACGUGGACGUGGACAUGGACGUGGACGUGGACAUGGACGUGGACGUGGACGUGGACGUGGACAUGGACGUGGACAUGGACGUGGACUUGGACGUGGACGUGGACUUGGACGUGGACGAGCAUGGACACGUGGACGUGGACGUGGACGUGGACGUGGACCUGGACAUGGACGUGGACGUGGACGUGGAUGUGGAUGUGGACGUGGACGUGGACGUGGACAUGGACGUGGACAUGGACGUGGACGUGGACGUGGACGUAGAAAUGGACGUGGACGUGGACGUGGACAUGGACGUGGACGUAGACGUGGACGUGGACGUAGAAAUGGACGUGGACAUGGACGUGGACAUGGACGUGGACAUGGACGUGGACAUGGACGUGGACGUGGACAUGGACGUGGACGUGGACGUGGACGUGGACAUGGACGUGGACAUGGACGUGGACUUGGACGUGGACGUGGACUUGGACGUGGACGAGACGUGGACGUGGACAUGGACGUGA